CACUAAGAAGCGACCAAAAUACGAGGAUGGUUUUGUGUUAACAAAACAGAAUUUAGUGAAUAUGAUUUAGGAGUACCUGAUUCUGCUUACUCUAGAAGAUGGACGAUCGACUCACAUACUAUAAUCUGCAGAAAACGAGGGAAUACGCUUUGGAAAUUGUAUUUGUAACAAUCGUAUCCCUGCUUGGUGUUGUUGGAAACAGUGUUGCCCUUCUAUUUUACCGAAGGAGAAAGAACCACAACACGUCGUCUUUUCUGCUGACAGUACUUUUUUGGAACGAUUUGAUAUCGUCGUUUGUUAACCUGUUUCAGAUAUACGAGUCAACAAACAGCGUCACGUACACAAGUGAUAUCCUGUGUAAAAUACACGGAUUCCUCUUGCACACGUUUACUGGGAACUCCGUUGCUUUGUUAAUUCCGAUCGCCUUUGAUAGAUUUUCCAAAGUCGUUUUUGUAUUUUCAGCAAAGAAAUUCACAAAAAAGAAAGCAAAGAUCAGUGUGUUUGUGUUCAUCACUUUUUCAGUUUUAUUGGCGAUACCGCAGCUGCUGUUGUUUUCGGAAUCACGUCAGAUAAACAUUGAAGUUGAAGAUGGAAAUGCCCCACUGCAAGGUCACCGAUGCCUUUUUAACAGCGAUUCAAAUAAAGUGCAACAAAACAUUUUUCACAUCCUAGAUAUUGUAAUCAUUAUCAUCAGUGUCAUUAUCCUAGGAGGUUUAUAUGGUGCAAUUCCAAUCACAAUGAUGAAGCUUCGAAAGAAUCAUGCCGUAUCAGCCAGAACAAAUAGGUUACAAUUACCGCACGUUGAAACUGGAAUGUCAUCCAUAGAAGACCAGUCUUUCAAUGAUGUCCAUACUGAUAAUUCGACCCAGGUAUAUUUUAUUGAAUGUCAAAAGAAGAUCCGGAAAGAUCAAUCGGGCUCUAAGGGAUUAACAUUGACAAGUGAACAAGCAACGGGCACUAGAAAAUUGGUAGAACCUGUAGAGAAACGUCAUACCAAAAAGUCUUCACCUAUUCCUCGAAAGCGUCGCUUCCUCCAGAACAAGGCUUUCCAGCUAAAGCUUACGGCUAUGACAUUUGUGAUAACCGUUGCUUCUCUUUUGAGCUGUUUCGGCUACUUUUACGUAAGAAUAGGAUACAAAGUUCAGGACCAUGAACUGUCUGUUGGGCUAAAGAUAUUGGUACGUACUAUAAUAUUCAACAGCACCAUCAACCCAUACGUGAUUUGUCUGUUCAGCACGGAAUUCAGGAAAUUUGUUCAAGAGUUAUUUGUUUGUAAAUGCUUACGUUCUGGUGAAUAAUGUAUUCAAUUAUGUGAAGUUGUGGAGAGAAAGUCAA